GUCUUUAUAUUAGAGAGGACGAGCACGUGUGGUUGAGUGGGCAUUAAUUGAGUCCGAGGGAGUCGGUUGGAGGAUUAAAAGAAAAGGGACCGUAUGUAGAGCGAAAGAUGCAGCGAUUGGGUGUCGACCAAGGACAAGCUGCCAUGGAAGGCUGACGGAGCCAUGACCAGUGGUGAGUCAACCAACAUUCGUGGGCUCACCCCAUAAUGAGAAGAUCACUUAAAAUAGCAAGACACCUCUAAGACCCCUUGGAGAUGCCGAGACCUCCAUGUCUGAUCGAACAAACACCAGCAGCACCCCACAGCCUCCACCUGAAGAGGCCUUCCCACAUCUGUUUCCACCCCUUCCAUCCCAAAACCCCACCACCGUCUAAGGAAGAGCCAUUCUUGCUUCAGGAGGGAUCCUGCACCCUUCACCUUUGACUGUCACCUCCAGUGGGUUCUCUUUCUAGACUGGAUUUCAGAACACGUUCAGGUUUUAUGGGCACCAUGUCUCGUCGUACCAGAAAUAAUCGUGCCUGGCGGUAUGUGUACAGUGGUAUUCGAGAUACUGAUGCUGCAGCUGUAGUGAUGCCUGAUGGAUCAGUUGGUCCUGGCCCUGGCUAUGACUCGGAUGGUCAGCACAGUGACUCCGAUUCUGAACCAGAAUUCCACUUGCCACCAUCCAUCCCAACAGCACUACCUGUGACAGGGGAGUCGUACUGUGACUGUGCGAGUCAAAGUGAUGCCCGGUAUUGUGGUGGUAUGCGUAGUUUCCAUCGCAUGAAGGACUGUCACUGUGGCGAGGAGGAUGAAUAUUUUGAGUGGAUGUGGGAUGAUUCUACCAAGUCCUCAGCUACACUGCUGAGCUGCGAGAACAGAGAAGUAAAUUUCCACAUGGAUUACAGUUGUGGAACAGCAGCCAUCCGAGGGGACAAGGAAAUGAGUGAAGGCCAGCACUUCUGGGAAAUAAAAAUGACGUCGCCUGUAUAUGGUACAGAUAUGAUGGUAGGAAUAGGAACAACUGAUGUCAAACUGGACAAAUUUCGCCAUACCUUUUGCAGUCUACUGGGAAAAGAUGAAAAUAGUUGGGGGCUCUCCUAUACAGGUGUACUACAUCACAAAGGUGCCAAGAUUCACUUCUCCACAAGAUUUGGGCAGGGCUCUAUCAUAGGUGUUCAUUUGGAUACCUGGCAUGGUACCCUGACAUUCUUCAAAAAUAGAAAAUGCAUAGGAAUCGCAGCUACCAAGCUGCAGAACAAGAAGUUCUUUCCAAUGGUUUGUUCAACUGCAGCAAGGAGCAGUAUGAAAGUGAUUAGAUCACGUUUUUCCUCAACCUCUCUCCAGUAUCUCUGCUGCCUAAGGCUGCGACAGUUAUUACCUGAUCACAGUGACAAACUGGAGGUUCUACCCCUACCCCCGGGUUUGAAGCGCAUACUCCGUAAUCGAUUGGGUUGGGUUCUUUCUAUGAAUCAUGAAGGUAGUGGCAAAGAGGCUGCAUGCAGCUUGUUGGGCAGUGAUUCCGAAAGUUCAUUAGUAGACACUGAAGCUUGCCAACGGAAAAGGUGUCGGCGGACUUAACACUUUUUUUUGUGUUGGUUUGAUUUUCUCUUUAAAUCAUGACUGAUAUUUUAACUGCUGCAGUUGCAAAACUUAGUAUGGACAUGGACCAGUGCUGCUACAUGAUGAGCCAAAUGCAAUAUGAUCAAAGCGCUCUACUUUUUUAAUGCUUCUCGCACCGAACUAUGGGAAACUGUAUUACUCAAGAACUGGGAUUGGCAAGAAAUGCGAGAUGAUGGCUGAAGACACUCUUCAGAAUAAAGUACCUGUGUAUUUCAAGAAUUCUUCUCAAUUUGCUUUUUGUAGGUCAUCUAGUGCUUUCACCUUUUAAAACAAAUUAAAUACUCUGCUUGUCUAAAGUAUUUAUUGCA